AGCUGUAACUCAAACAUACAAGAGGCUAUUUUGCAAAAACAUUUCCAAUGCCUUUCUUUUGUUCAUAGUCUGACAGUUAGCUCGAUAGCCUUCAGCCCAUGAGAAAUACUUAAUGCACGGCCUAUGGGUCUCUUUUGGGUUAUUAUCUAGUUAACCUCGCCUGACAGCGGAACCCCAAUCUCCAAGCAGGGGAAAUGAACAAAUGAGGUUUCCAUCAAUACUGCAAUAAGCAAGGUUAAAGUGGCACAAUUUGCAUAAGAAACAGACCUACAUUCAAAUAUACAUCUCAGAAACAUAAGUUAAUAAAAUACUGUAUGUAAUCAACAGACGGAUUGUGUCAAGAAGGAUAACUUCUUUCAAGGAUCAUCACAUUUCUUAUGACAGCAGCAGCUCGUUCUGAGCAAUUUACGGUUACUAAUGAAAAGGCACGUUUGUUUUUGUUGGUUUUUUCUGGUUUAAUGUACCAUCUUAGAAACAGUUUUGAAUUAUCUUUUUGCCAUAACACACACACAAAAAAAUGCAGUGAUGCCAAUAAGAUUGCUCAGCUGUGUGUGUAGUGAGUGCAUGAGGUGCUUGAAUGAAGCAUCUUAAUUUCACUGUAGUGUUUUCCCCCAGCAUUUCAAUAAGAAUCAUUAAUUUGUGCCCCACAACAGUCUGACUGCUGUAAUUACUUCAGAAAUCCACAUAAAAAAAAAAAAAAAAAACUUUAAUAAGCAAACCUACCCAAUGGCAAGAAUGAGCUAAUCCUCUGCUAACCAGCAUUAAAACGCCAUUUAAAUGCUAAUGCCUCUUCAGAUACAAAUAACAGCCUAAAAUAGUUUGUGUGUCUUGGUUUACAGUCUUCAAAAUAUAAAGAAUUUCAUAAAGAAAGAUAUAAUGAUGAAAGAAAAUGUUUCUGGAAUUGUUAAUAUGGCUUUCUGCUCAGGAUGGCAUGGCAUAAUGGAUGCUACAAAGAAAAAUAAAAGUUACCUGUCAGUUGUACAAUGUGUCCCUUGUGACUGGGUUAUGUUUUAAUAGCUGAAUAAAAUCUGAAUACCAAAAAUUGGUAUCUGUAAAAAACAAAAAACAAAACAAAGAACUGAUUGGCGAGUUAAUUUUAAUUAUGUUUCGAGUAACAGCAUUCUUUUUUUUUCUGCCAAAAAGUUGUCCACUUUCGUUUGGAGGUGGUAGAAACUGGGUACCAUUGAUGUAGGGAUUGCCAAAGACAAUAAAAAAAAUUGAGAUGUAAUCUGAGCAGCAUAGGAAAAUUUUGGCACUGUUUAUGGUCCCUGGCUGGUUUUACAAAUGUACCCAUAUACGCACAAGAUACAGCAUGAAUUGUCAUAUUUCAAUACUCAAUAAUUUAUGCUGCCUGAGCUGCGGUCACAUUUUCACUUUUGUUAUAAGGCACUCAUAGAUUUUUUCUUUUUCUUGGAUUGCUUGUAAAUAAAACAUUAAUCUUUGUCCUUCGUCCCCCAACUCUCAGUAAUUGUCAUGAACUUAGCCGGAAGCAACCCCUUUAAAUAAAAUCCUGCUUAGAGCCUCAUACCACCUCGGGUCCGUUCCGGCUUUAAUGUUCUGCUUAAGAAGAGAAUAUUAAAUCAUUUCUAAUAUAAAAGAGAAAUUGAAGCUCUAAUCAUUACAGUGCAAGAUGAAUUAUAUUAUCUUGCUCUAUAGCCUCGUUUAACUGAGAUAAUGCACGCUUAAUUGGCAAAAGGACACCAAUCAGAGGCCAUAUGCUCAAAGGCUGCAGAUAGUCAUUAAUUAGUAAAAACGCAAUUUCAAACGCCAUUUGUAAGAGCCCACCCCAACCCCAAGACACCCGCUCCGAUAUCCGCCACCACACUGCUGUCUUGAAAACAAGACGUGAAUAACAAACAAUUAAAACAAUCUGACUGCUUGUAUCUGCUCGUGGCAAACAAACAAACAACCGCACGUGCGUUUAUCCACACAUUUUAUUUCUCAACAGGUCCACCCUCUCUCUCUCUCUCUCGCUGCUGACUCCUCUCUCUCCCUCUCUCUCCUCCUCCGAAAACCCCUAAAAGCCACUACUGCUGCUGGCUGCCGCGCGCUCAGUGAUUAUUCCGCUCUCGCUCAGCUGAGUGUCGGCAGCUUCAAAGCUCAGCACCACUUUCUUUCCCGUCUCUUUCCCAGUCACCGCACUGCGAUUCCGCGAGGUGAGGUUCAUAGCUUCACAGCUCCACAGCUCAGCACCUGACUGUGCACACUAGCAAGCAGCCCGCCGGGACACCGAAACGGGUAAAAGAAGAAAAAAAAAGAAGGUGGUGUGUGGAGGGGACGACAAAUGCUCGAGACCCGCGGCAGGUGGCCCCAGACCCGACGGGGAGGGAGACAAGCACAGCAGUGAUGGGACAGUUUUCCGGAGGAUGCUGCUGGAGUUUUUCCAUCCUCGUGCUCCUUGGUUUGCAAGUCCCGGCGACGUUAGCUCGAGGUCCCAGAGGUGAAGCCCUGCAACAUGGUCAGUCUGGGACCCUGCCGCGGUUCUUGGAGGAGCCUGUCGAUGCCUACAUCAUCAAGAGCAACCCCAUCAAGCUCAGGUGUCAGGCCCGGCCCGCGCUCCAAAUCUUCUUCAAGUGCAACGGUGAAUGGGUUCACCAGAGCCAGCACAUGUCCCAAGAGCACACUGAUGUCGUGACAGGGCUGAAGAUCCGCGAAGUGAUGAUCAACGUGUCGCGUCAGCAGGUGGAGGACUUCCACGGCCCCGAGGACUACUGGUGUUUGUGCGUCGCCUGGAGUCACCUGGGGACCUCCAAGAGCCGCAAGGCAAGCGUCCGCAUCGCCUACCUGAGGAAGAACUUUGAGCAGGACCCCCAGGGCACCGAGGUGCCUCUGAACGGCAUGAUUGUUCUGCACUGUCGUCCCCCAGAGGGAGUGCCGGUGGCUGAGGUGGAAUGGCUGAAAAACGAGGAGCCUCUGAACGUUGGCGCCGACGGCGUGAUCAGUAAAAAGGGCGACCAUGAGCUGAUCGUCUCGGAGGCUCGCCUCUCUGACUCCGGCAACUACACCUGCGUUGCCAGCAACAUUGUGGCCAAGAGACGUAGUGCCACGGCUAUGGUUGUAGUCUACGUGAACGGAGGCUGGUCGUCGUGGAGCGACUGGUCGGCCUGCAACGUGCGCUGCGGGCGGGGCGUGCAGAAACGAUCGCGGACCUGCACCAACCCGGCGCCUCUCAACGGCGGAGCCUUCUGCGAGGGCAUGUCGGUGCAGAAGAGCACGUGCAACACCGUGUGUCCAGUCGAUGGAGGCUGGGGGGAGUGGAGCGAGUGGUCUGUGUGCAGCUCCGACUGCGACAGGCAGCGCGCCAGAGAGUGCACGGCUCCAGAGCCCAAACAUGGAGGACGUCUCUGCGACGGCGCGGCUUCGGCAGCGGAAAACUGCACGGGCGGCCUCUGCACACAGAAUCGGAAGUUGCUGCAUGACGCAAAGCCACAGGGAGUGGAAAGAACCAGUGAUGUGGCCCUGUACUCAGGCUUGGCUGCGGGAGUGGUGACCGUGGUGCUGCUGAUCGUCGCCGUCACUCUGUAUCGGCGGAGCCAAAGUGAGUACGGGGUCGAUGUCAUCGACUCCUCUGCCCUCACUGGGGGCUUCCAGUCUUUCAGCUUCAAGACGUCUCGUCAAGCCAACCCCCUGCUCAUGAACUCAUCCAUGCAGCCGGAUCUCACAGUGUCUCGUACAUACACCAGCCCCAUAUGUUUCCAGGACUCCAUUGACAAGGAGUUGAUGGCCGAGCACUCGCUCCUCGACCCGCUGCCUGAUCUGAAGGCUAAAGGGGCGACGGAAAGGGCAGAGUACCACGUCAUGUCCCACCCUCAGACAUUUCCGCGGGGCUUGGCUCCGGACUACAGAGGGGUUGCAGUAGGGACAACGCUGGGCAGGAGAGGCAAAAACCUUUUCGCUCCUCGGGUCUUUCAGACGCUGAGCAGGCCUCUGCACAAAGCAACGGCGGUGUUUGGUCAUGCUGGAGGCAGGCUGGUGGUGCCCAACACAGGUAUCAGUCUGCUGGUGCCUCACGGGGGGAUCGCGGAAGACACUACCUGGGAAAUGUACAUGAGCAUCAACCAGGAGGACAGCAGCACUGUGCCGGAGGACGGAGCAGAGAUCUUUUUGAGUCCUGCCGUCACAUACGGCCCGCCAGGCCUCGACCUGUCCUGUCCAAUAGCCAUGACUAUAGCACAUUGUGCAGAAGUCGCUGCUGACAACUGGACCAUCAGGUUAAAGAGACAAAUCCAGGACAAGUGGGAGGAAGUGAUGUCAGUGGAUGAGGAGAGCACGUCCUGCUACUGUCUGCUGGAGGCUCAGACGUGCCACGUGCUGUUGGAGCAGCCGGGUCGUUACGCGCUGGUGGGGGAGGCGCUGAACCAGGAGGCCGCCAAGCGACUGAGGCUGGCCGUCUUUGGCAGUCCAGACCUAAGCAACUCGCUGGGCUUCACCCUCAGGGUGUACUGUGUGGACGACACUCCCUACGCCUUUCAGGAGGUGGUGGUGGGGGAGCGCAGCAGGGGUGGACGGCUCCUCGAAGAACCCAAAAUUCUGCUGUUUAAGGGGAACACGUUCAGCCUCCAGGUGUCCAUCCAGGACGUCCCGCGGUUACUCUGGAGCAUCAAGCCUUUCACCACCUGCCAGGAGUUCUCCUUUUCUCAGGUGUGGGCCAGUAACCGGUGUCCCCUGCAGUGUGCCUUCUCUCUGGAGCGCUACAGCCUCUCCUCGUCUCAGCUAUCCUGCAAGAUCAGCGUGCGACAGGUCACAGGAGAGGAGCAGAUCCUCCAGAUCUACACGUCUGUCGUGGAGGAACCUGGGCUACUUUGCAUGCCAGGAGAGCCCGUCGUCAGUGAUCCUGAGCCUGUGGGAAGCGCAGCACCAGGACCCCGGGGACCUGGACUCUCUGGCCAGUGCACUUGAAGAAAUCGGAAAGGUCCAGUCCCCCCGGGAGGCCGGCGCUCUCGGCUGCAGCAAAGAAGACUCCGAGCUGACAAGACUCGGGUAGGGAGAAGGGUUUCUGGCGCAGUCCGAGUCCCGACAGACCUUUACUGCAUGAACGCCGACGAUCGGGUGUGCCGACGUACCCACCGAGAAGAGGAGACUGUUACUAAAGGAACACCUCUGCUAAACCAAAUGGUCCACACAAGACACGGCCAAGUCCAGCACAGAUUGAGUGUUUGUGUUAUGAGAGGUACCGAUGAGUUUUGGGAAAGGUCGUCAGUGAGGUGAAACACCUGCGAUCGAGAAACGCCCCCCCCCAAAAAAAGCUCCGACGCUCAAUCCAGUCGCUCGUAGUUUCGUGUGAAGGAUUUCCUUUGACUAGGACAGAGUCGGUUUCAAACGCACCCUAUCCAGAACCAGAUGUGAUCAAAUAAUCCAUGUGGCCAGAACAACAACAAAAAAUAUCCUCACAGUAUUUUCUCAUUCCUUUUAAUAGAUUUCUAAUGAAGCUUAUUUUCUUCAGUGUAAAUUCAAUGUCUCUGCAGUUUUGAUUUAAACAGGAAGAAAGAUAUAAAGUUGUUUUUUUCCCCUCUCCAUUCCAUAAGGUCAGAGACACUGACAGUGAUUAGUAUCUAAAAGGACACACGUCCACUUGCUGAGAAGAUAAUGGAUGGAUGAAUCACGCUGACAGCUGUAAUUUUAAGAAUGAGCCACAAGCAUACAGGAGCAUUUUUCAAUCGGCGGCAGACGGAGAGAAAUAUCAAAGCAGAGACUGCAGAGGCGGAACGAGCUGAUCUGUGCCUCAUCUGGAAAAGCAGCCAGAGGUGAACCACUUACCCCCCAAAACCCACUACACACACACCUACACACACACAUCCAUCCCACCCCAUGAGUUCAAGUAAUCAGCGUCUGGUUAAUUUGGAGGAAAUUUAAUGUGUGACAUGUGACUUCACUCCACGCAGCCUUCAUAUUUCUGGCCCCGGUGAACUGGGGUGUAUUUCCAAGAUCCCUGGGGCUUUUUUUUUUUCCUUCUCCUUCUUCUCCUCCUCCUUUAUGGUUGAAUUCAAAUUUGGAUUUUUUUGAUGUGCGGUCAGAGCGCGGAGUCUACCGCAGCCGGAGUUUGUCAAUUACCACCGCAUCAUUGUCAACCUCACCAGCAACAAUCUUCUGUUGACUCAGCUUUAAAAAAAAUAACAAUAAAAUAAAAAUAAAAAAGCUCCCCGCAGUCAGUGGCUCCUUAGCUUAACAAUAAAGUGACUUUGUGUUCAACUCGGUGUUGGGACUCGCUUUCCAUCUGUUUAACUCAUUUACCUCUUAAAGACCAGGCAGCUCACGUUACGACGCGAUGAAGGAAUCUGGUGUUCAAAUAAAAGAUGAAGCAGAGACCCCCGAUAUCCCUCCAUCUAAUGAUUUUAUAUCAAAUUGGGUUAUAGAUUUGUGAAAAAAGUAAGAACUAAGUACAGAACCUAUUGGUGCUGUUGGUAAAAAGAAAAAAAACAAUGUGGAAGAAGCCUUAAAAUAAAUGCAACUUUUAUUUCAGUGCCAUAAUCUUAUGUUGAGAAUGUAAUUUGAGUGCAUUUAUUCACAAAACAAGCUAUGGACAGAAACGAUGCUAGUACUUGGUGUAAGCGCCUUUCAUAUGUUUCAUAAUGAUUAUAUAAUUAUUGUCCUUUAGAAUGACCGAAUGUUCAGUCAAUUUUCUACCCAGAAUCCACCUGGUUCACCCAAAGCAUCACCGGUCCUCCACCGUGCCUCAUGUUUGUGCUUCAUCUAUGCCGCAUCCGGACGGAUUAUUUAAAGCAGAAAAGCUCCAUUAUUACCAAACAUGGUUCCAAUUAAAAACUCGACACACUUUAGUAAGCACAGGUUUACGUUUGUGAUGGUCGGAUAGAAAUGUUUUUCUGACUAAUGUGUCUGAAAGUUGCUACGGAGUGCUGCGGUUCUCGUAACAAAAAGCUUUAAAGUGUUUUUUUUUUCUGUUUUGUUUUUGUUCAUUACUGUGUGUAGUAACUAGAUAAUUAUUCUACUCAGGGGACUGGAGUUUGACAACCCUGCUCUACAUAGAGGCCAGUGGCUAAAAACCCAGCCUCUGUGGUUCAUGGUGUUUAUACUUGGAGGCAGCAUGAAGUUAUGAAUUACUUAUUAAAAAGUUCCCAGGCAGAGUGGGAUACUUUUAAUAUACUUAAAAAGUACAUUAUAAAAUAAAAUAAGCAGAACAUUUUUAUUCAUUUUAUAGCAAAUUGUAGUUUUAUCAACAAUUAUGGCGCUGGGGAUUUCUCUUUACGUGCAUUUUUUUGUUACUUUAUUAAAUAAAUGGGUGAAUUUUUCUCAAUUUAAUUUAAGAUCUUGCCACUGCUAUGAAAAGUGAAUUUGCUUUCAGGCUUUUUUUUUUUUUUUUUUUUUUCACCCAUCUUUACCAGGAAUGACACAAUGGGUUCUGGAGAGUCAGUAAUUGUGGAGAAAAUUGUCCUGAUUAAAGUUGACUUGAAUAACUAGACAAGUGGAAAAGCGGUUUUUAAAAAACUCUUAAAUCCCUCAACGAGGUCAAUCCUUUUCCACCUGCAGCUUUUGAGAAAGAGCUAAAACUCUCAGGUAGCUAUUAGCUUACUUGCUUGUUUGUCUUGGGAUUUCUUCUCAUAAUAAGGUAGGAAACCUGGAAACCAGCAACCCAAAAGCUUAAAAAAAAGAAAAAAGAUUCUUCAGUUUUUUUUAAAACAGAGGAUUUCCUGAGAGCCCCAUCUUACGUUUGAAUGUAGAGUUGCGAACAGGACGGAUUCCUGCUCUGAAUUUGUCACGGUUUGCAGUCGCAGAGGUAAACGGCUGAAUGCAGAUUGAUGUGGUUCUUCUGGCUCGGCGGCCGGAACUUCUUGCUGAUUUGUGCGUUUAUGGAAAUAACUUGAGAUGUUCAACCACAAUGUGUGCAUUUCAUUCAGCAACUGCUGAGACGGGGUUUCAGACAGGACUGCGUGGUGAAAACGACCAAACGCGCUCUAUACAACACCACAGAAUAAAGAGCUUAUGGCUUUAUUUUUCAUAAUCUCCUCCACAUAUCACUAUGUAAAAAUAUACAUAAAUAUAUGACGAUUUCACCUGGAAUUCAGCUCAGCUGUUGAAACAUGUGGAGUUUAUCUCUAAUUGGACUCAAGUGGAUCUUAAAGCUCAACAGUUUUAUUAUCUACUAAAGUUUAUGACAUACAGUGCCUUGAAAAGGAUUUAUAACCCAUAACCCUUUUUUUUUUACAUUAAUGUUAUGUUACGACCAAUACUUUCAUGCUGGUUUAUUGGGGUUUUAGUGCAUAGCUAUAACUAUAUAAAAUCUCAAGAAAAUACCAUGAAGUUAGUGGUUAGUGCUUAAAAAAAUGUUCUUACAGUCUGGAUUGCUCCGUUACACACAGAUAUAUUUUAAUGGAUUCCAAACCAUACUACAGUACAAACCAAACAGUAUCUCCCCAUAAAGAAGUCAUUUCCGUUCCUUUAUGUUUGUGCUUUCUUGUUUUUCCUCUAUGUUGCUCUCCAAGUGUGUCCUGAUUGUUGUUGCGUCGUAAGCUUCUGCCCUCAUACGGCCAGUGAAAAAAUCUUCAUGGCUUUCCUCAUCUGAAAAAAAAUAUUUUAAUCAGACAAACAUAAGUCUGAAUUCAAAUUCACUAUUUGAUAGAUGAGCUGCUCAGCGAAGAUUGAGUUCCAUUUAAAGGGACAGUGCCAUGUAAUAAUGACUUUUUUGAGCUUUAUGUCAUGUUGUAAUAUUAUUCCAUCAUCAAAAAAAAAAAAAAAUACCCGGAGUGUUGCCUGGACUCUUUUAAUGCAUGGUUGAGAAAUCAUUUAAUCUCCCAUGGCAACCAUUCAGCUAUGAAUAAAGCUUGGUUGGAUCUAGCUCCGCCUUCAAGGACGAAGCUCCUCCUCCGGGCUGCAGCUUCUGAGCCUCUGCCUCACGGAGCAGCCCUCCCGUACGACGCCUCCACUCGUAUCCUUCAGACUAGCGAGCAGCAAUUAGCAAACACCUGGUGGAACUCAGUGAAACACCGGUAAAAAUGUUGCUAAAGGGUUAAUAUAGGAGCGAUGUUGUGAUGACUUCCUGUUUCAGAAAGAGCAGGAGUUUAUUAAAGAGACAAAGACCCACUUUUAAGGUAUUAAACUACAAACACGAAUUUCAUUUGUCAUAUUUGAUACAUAAAGCAGUUUUAUAGCAACUGAAGGCAACGUAGUCACUUGAUUGUGCUAUGAAAUUGCGCUAUAUGCACGGAAAAUACAUAAUGCUGGCCCUUUAAAAACCAUUUGAAGAGAACACAAAACAGUGAUCAAUUUAAUGUUCAUAACUCUGUUAUAGUAGGAGCAGCUAUAUUCCAGGAAAAUUUAGCAAAAACUACUGACUUAUUACCACCUGUAGGCCAAUGAGUCCCUAGGCUGACCUUCAUCAGAGCUUUGCUUUGGCAAAUCCCACAAAUGCUAUUAACAUUGUUUCUUGCAGCAAGAAUCUGAAUUCCUUUACAUCUUUAGUUUCUUGAUAUUUUGCCCCAGACAUUCCCAUUAUUUGCUGUCUUUUUGUUUUUUUCUCUUUUUUUUUGCCUGACUUCUGCUGAGGCACAGAAUGUGUCCUGAAACUCCUGCCAAACCAUUUCUGGCAACUUUACAUCAUUGUGCAAACCAUCAUACUUAUUUACGCUUCUGGAUCCAGCCGAGUUCUACAAAUAGCUUUCAAUAAAUUAGAUAAAACAGUCCGUUGGAGCUCCAUACAAAUAUUUCUUUGGGGCAGCUACUUAGUAAGUAAAAACAAAACAAAUCCCGGCCAAAAGAGAGAGGGCAUCGAAACCAGGGGAGACUUUGGAACUGAUAAAUAAAUCCGCGAAAAGCCCGCCCCAAAUUUUUCUCAGCUUUCCUUGAAGUGAGCAGUAAAGCAGUUGCUUUGGCACCGAUCCUCCGCUACAAUAGAGGAAAACAUCACCAGCUAAUGCAGACCGAAACUGCAUUAGCAGAGAAGGGAAACAAGAAGGGAUUGUUUUUCUUUUCUUAUUUGUCUGCCUGAAGAUCGAGGACGAAAAAACUAAAGAAUAAAAAAAUAAAAAGUAGGCAGCUGAGCAACCAAACCUCUGGUUUCAUUUAGAGACGGCACUGUGAGAUGGGGAUGGAAAUGUAGACCUGUUAGGAAGGGGGUGCCUUCAAGUUACAACAAUACCAACUGAACACCUGCGUUAAAAAAAAAUAAAAAAUCCAUUUUACUGCAUUACAGUGGAAAGCAUUGGUCUCUUGUCAUUGUCUGAGCAGACGGAUCAGAACGACUCUACAUUCCUCGGCUUAUGUGACGACUUCUAAUCAGCGAAGGAGCCUGGCCUUGCUAUGCAGAUCUAUAACAAAACAGUAACAAGCUUCUGACUCAUUCCACGGCUCAAACAUUCUGUGGACACACACCGCUGGAGGUAAUGAUUACUUUGGACAUUUGGGUUUUGUUUCAAGCCUGUGUGACUUUUGGCUUAAAGCUUGGACAAUAUAUGCCGCUGCCAAGUCCCACUCUGAAAACAUGUUUCUGUUCCCAAUUUAAACCUUUGUUUUGUUGAUUGCGAGGUUUUUGUUUCUCUCUAAUAACAAUCCAGUUUUCUGCCUCCAUCUGUAUAAAGAUUAUAAAAGGAAACUUCUAGCUUUAUAGUUACCCGUGUACGAAUCGUGCCUCUUCUUUGUAUGGGUUUAGAGGAACCAGAAAGGCCUGACCAGAAUGUUUGUUUGUCUUUUUGUUUUGUGUUUUUGUUGUUUCUUACUACUCCAUAUCCGAGAACCUAGGAUGUUAUAUGCAAAGCUGCGUUGCGUAUUGCCAUGCACAGUGUUCACCUUAUAGCUGGCGCAGAGGUGUUUCCUGAGAGAGAAAAAAAACAAAA